AUGGCCAUUGCAGGAAAAGCUUGUACACUUACCAUUCUUAUCAUCUUGUGCUUUGCAUUGGCCUACUGUGAGGCUUAUGCCAAGGGUGUGGUCCGUGGAGUUCCCGAUACAUUCCGUGGUUCUAAUUUAGCUCGGCAUGACGUUCUUGCUCCUGGUGAGAAAGUUUUUAAUGUAUUACAAUUUGGAGCCAAGUCUGAUGGAAGGAAAGACAAUACCCAGGCUUUCAUCCAAGCAUGGCGUGCCGCAUGCGACUUCAAGGGACCAUCAAGGCUACUCAUUCCCGGAGGGAGUUUCUUAAUAUCUCAGGUUGUGUUUGGAGGGCCAUGCGGUGGCACAACUCCCAAAGUUGUUCAAAUUCUUGGGACCCUGAAAGGAUCAACUGAUAUCAGUGAAUAUCCUGAAGCUUAUUGGAUCGUGUUCGAAUCCAUAGUUGGCUUGGUUGUUACAGGUUCUGGAAAAGGCAUUCUUGAUGGUCAGGGUGAUUCUGUUUGGAAAUACAAUGACUGUAGCCAUAGUAGCAGUUGCCAGCCACUCCCCGCUAACUUAAGACUCAACAAGGUCACAAAUGGAGUUAUAAGAGGCCUCACUUCCCUUAACAGUAAAGGGGUUCACGUGUUCAUCACUAACUGCGAGAUCAUAAGGGCACGCAACCUUCACAUAAAUGCCCCCGCAGAUAGCCCGAACACUGAUGGCAUUCAUGUUAGCCAUUCCAACGAUGUGAGAAUAGCCAAAUCUACCAUUCGCACUGGUGAUGAUUGCAUCUCUAUUAUCCAGGGAGCCACCAACGUUCGCAUCAACAAAGUAACCUGUGGCCCUGGACAUGGCAUUAGUGUGGGUAGCCUUGGCAAGUACGAAAACGAGGAGGAUGUGAAAGGCAUCACUGUGAAAAAUUGCACGAUGGUUGGCACAGAAAAUGGAAUUAGAAUCAAAACAUAUCCAGGAUCGAAAGAGAGUUCAGCAUCGUCCAUGCUUUUCCAGGACAUCAUCAUGAACAAUGUUAAGAACCCCAUUAUCAUAGACCAAGGCUACUGCCCAAAAUCAAAGUGCAGCAACAAAGCGCCAUCGAGCGUAAGGCUCAGUGACAUUCAUUACAUAAACAUUAGGGGAACCUCAAGCACGCCAAAUGCAGUAGAGCUCUUUUGCAGCUCGCAGUAUCCUUGCCAAAAUGUUCAGUUGUAUGACAUAGAUUUGAAGUCGCAGCAGAGGGGGCCGACUGCCGCUUCGUGCACAAAUGCAAAAGUACGGUUUGGUGGAAAAAUGAACCCACCACCUUGCAAAUAG